AUGAAGGAGCAGCAGCAACAGCAACAACAGGCUCCUAAGGCACCCGCAGCUUCUCCAGAAGCGCAGAGAAAGAAGCCUAACCAACAGCCUGUAAGAGACGCUAAGCAAGCAGCUAUUCUAGCUCAAAAGAAGCGUGAAGAGAAGAAACGCAAGAACCAGCAGAUUAUCGCCAAAUUGCAGUCCAUUUGUAGUGAAGGUGAUCCAAAUGAAAAGUAUAAGGAUUUGACGAAGAUUGGACAAGGUGCUUCUGGAGGCGUUUUCAUUGCUCAUGAAAUUGGAAGCAAUUCCAAGACUGUUGCUAUAAAGCAGAUGAAUUUGGAGCAGCAACCCAAAAAAGAAUUGAUCAUCAACGAAAUCUUGGUCAUGAAGGGUAGCAAACAUCCCAACAUUGUGAACUUCAUAGACUCAUAUCUCUUAAAGGGAGACUUAUGGGUCGUUAUGGAGUACAUGGAAGGGGGUUCUUUGACAGAGAUUGUCACACAUAGUGUCAUGACCGAAGGCCAGAUUGGUGCUGUAUGUCGUGAAACGUUGAAGGGGUUGAAAUUUUUACACUCCAAGGGUGUUAUUCACCGUGAUAUUAAGUCUGAUAAUAUUUUGUUAAAUAUCGAUGGUAAUAUCAAAAUGACUGACUUCGGUUUCUGUGCUCAAAUCAACGAGCUUAAUCUCAAGAGAACUACAAUGGUGGGAACUCCCUACUGGAUGGCUCCAGAAGUUGUUUCCAGAAAGGAGUACGGACCAAAGGUUGAUAUUUGGUCUUUGGGUAUCAUGGUGAUUGAGAUGAUUGAAGGUGAACCUCCAUACUUGAACGAGACACCUUUGAGAGCUCUCUAUUUAAUUGCAACUAACGGUACGCCUAAGUUGAAGGAGCCUGAGGCUUUGAGUUACGAUAUAAGAAAGUUCUUGUCGUGGUGUUUGCAAGUUGAUUUUAACAAGCGUGCCAAUGCAGAUGAAUUAUUGAACGACAAGUUCAUCCUAGAAAGUGACGACGUCUCAUCUUUGAGUCCUUUGGUCAAGAUAGCCAGGAUGAAAAAAGCCAACGAAAGCGAUGAUAUGAGUGCUUGACUUGUUGUCCAAUUGAUUGAGUUUAUAGUCACGAUUGCAUUUAAAGAGACUUAUAUGCUCUAUAUUUUUGUAAACAUAUCAACUCUAAUUCUAUCCUAAUUGUAUAAAUAAAAACUUGGAGCAACAACGUUAAAUUAUAAUAACUU